AAAAGCUAAAUAGAGUAUUAUGAAGAAAUGAAUUAAAAAACUAACAGUGAAGGCGAAUCCAAAGCUUCAAAUCACUGAAAAUGGUGAUCCUGCCGCCAUAGAUCGAUCCAUCUCUCUGCUUGCUUGGGUCCAUAGCACAUUCUGUCUCAAGUAACUACCAAAACUACACAGUUCAUCUAUCUAGCCAUGGAAAAAUCAUCAGAUCUCUCUUUCUUUCUUUCAUUCUCUCUCUUUCAGUGAGCUCAAAUCCAGUAUUGCUAUGACCUAACCGGAUCAUUAAUCAUAACCUUAUGUCUGUUUCUAUGAAUGAGAAGUUUGAUUCAGACUUCGAUUCAUCGUUCAUGAAUGCUGCUUAAGUUGUUCUUGUCAUAUUCCAGCAUUGAGAGGCUUCUGCAAAGGAGAUCAACAUUUUGAAGAAUGAUAUAUAGGAACAGCAAAUAAGAAGUAGUCAUGGUUCUUGAACAAACAAGCUGAAUCUCAAUGGGUUCAUUUUCCCCUUCCUGUGAAAUUGUUGAAGUCAAUGAUGAACAGAUGCACCAAAUUAUUAAGCUUGGUUCCAAUAAGAGCUUGGAAGAUGAUAUCAAUAAGAUUUUUGAGGCAAUCAGCCUCAAAGUUUCAACGAAGGAUCAAAUACUGAAUCAUUCCGUCUCGAGUCCCAUAAGUAAAGAUUCUUUACAGAAAUCAUUCAGAUCAGGUUUCCCUCCUUCACCAGAUACUAGGCCUUCUUUGAAACAUGCACUUAGAAGGCAAUGCAUUUCUCAAGCAUCAGAAAUGGCUGCGAUCAAACGGUUGUCAAGUCCAAUAUGUUCUCCUCGGAUUUCAGAAGCCAGUAGGAUUACAAGUUUAUACAAGUCAGUUGUAGUUGAAGCUGAUACAUUAUUAUCAGAGACAAAACCGAAAAGUGAGGAAAACAAUGUAGCAACUGAGAAGAACAUGUCUGAAUCAGUACCAGUUCAGAGUCUUCUAAAAUCAAAGACAGAUUCGAAGGAGAAAAAACAUUUAUCUGUUUCGUCAGUUCACACGAGCUUACCUCCAAAACCGAGGCAGAAAGGAAAUUUACAAGAAGAGGCUAAUGUUUCAUCUACAUUAAUCAAGGCCAAUAAUAAGGGUAGUAGACCAGCCAGAAAGGUUUUACGUGUGGCUAGACCAGUCUCGGCAAAACGUCCUAUCAUCAAGAAAGAUUUGAAACCGAAGAUGAUUACCACUAACCCCAAUCCAAACAAAGGGGAAUUGCUUUGCCAAAAAUGCCAAUGUGCCUUAGCAAAUCAGAAGAAGGAAGAUGUGAAACACUUGGGCUUGGAAGAUCAUAAGAAAGUGAACCAGAAUGCAAGCAUAGAAAAUAGUGAUGAUUUCCAUGAUAACAACCGGGAUGAAGAAGAAGAAGAGAGUAAUAUGAGCAGUUCAAUUAACACAACAGGAAGGCCACACAUGUCGAAAAACAUAAAAUGGGAAGCAAUCAAGCAUGUUAGAAAGCUGCGAGGAGGAUUAGGACUGAAACACUUCAAUCUCUUAAAGAAACUCGGUUCUGGAGAUAUUGGGACAGUUUAUCUUGCUGAAUUGAUCGGUACUAACUGCUUGUUUGCUAUAAAAGUCAUGGAUAAUGAUUAUUUGGCUAGAAGAAAGAAAAUGGUAAGGGCCAUUAGUGAAAGAGAAAUAUUGAAGAUGUUAGAUCACCCGUUUCUUCCCACUCUGUAUGCAGAGUUUGUUUCAGAUAAUCUAUCCUGCUUAGUUAUGGAGUACUGUCCCGGAGGUGAUUUACAUGUUCUAAGACAGAAGCAGCCUGGAAGAUAUUUUCCCGAAGCUUCUGCGAGGUUUUACGUUGCUGAGGUUCUCCUUGCUUUGGAAUACCUCCAUGUGCUUGGUGUCAUCUACCGAGAUUUAAAACCAGAAAAUAUAUUAGUAAGUGAAGAUGGUCACAUAAUGCUGACAGAUUUCGAUCUUUCGUUUAGAUGUGAAGUGAACCCGACCCUCUUAGAGUUUCCUUCUUCAUAUAAACAACCCCCGAGAAUCUCCAACGCAUGCACCGGUUCCAACUGCAUCGACCCAUUCUGCGUAAGACCAUCAUGCGAAGUGUCAUGCUUUGGUCCCUGGCUAUUACCAAAAUCCAACAAAGUAAAAAACUCAAAACCCGAGUUGCCACAGUUAGUGGCUGAGCCAACCGAUGCUCGUUCUAACUCAUUUGUAGGUACCCAUGAAUACUUAGCACCUGAAAUCAUCAAAGGAGAUGGCCAUGGAAGUGCAGUUGAUUGGUGGACUUUUGGGAUAUUGAUUUACGAGCUUUUAUAUGGGAAGACACCAUUUAAAGGGCUGGGAAACGAAGAAACAUUAGCUAAUGUUGUUUUCGAGAGCCUCGAGUUUCCUGAAACUCCAAUGGUGAGUUUUCAUGCUAGGGAACUCAUACGUGGGCUGUUAGUAAAGGAACCUGAGAAUAGGCUUGGAUUUGAGAGAGGAGCUGCAGAGUUGAAGAAACAUCCUUUCUUUGAUGGAUUGAAUUGGGCUUUAAUAAGAUGCGCUAUACCACCUCAAUUGCCCGAGUUCUAUAAUGUAGGAGUUGUGAAUGUGACUACUACUUCUCAGGAAGGAAACUCGGAAUUCGAGUUGUUUUAGGUGGAAAAUGAAUGCGAUUUUGGAGGAGGAUGAAAAGAGGUAUCGAAAAAGGUAUUCAUUUUACCUUGUCAUUGUAAGUUUCACAUUUUCUAUGAAGAAAGAUUUGAGAAAAUUUCAUUGAUCAAGUUUAACAUCUAAUUGGCUUGUGUCACAACUCACAAUAGGAACCACCUCAAAAUGCUUAAAUUUUCGAGGUCAGGACGGUGAGAUGUUAUACUAGUCUUCUUCCGAUAAAAAUGUUUGGUCUCGAGAGAAAGAAAAGUCACUAUUAAAUUAAUGUUUGUGUUCAAAUUUUGUAUAUAAAUCUAUUGGUAUGUUACCUUUUGGGUUUUGAGAAUACGGUUUAGGAGGAGAAAUAAAUUGAGAGAAAAACAUAGAAACUAGACAAUAUUUUAAUCUUUUAUUACUAUUGCUUUAAUUUGGUUAGCAUAUAAAUUGAUAAUAAUACACUCGUACUCUUUUAUGUUUGGGAAAUAUUGAUGUUUCUUUU